CAAGCACUCAGAUGGGCGUGAUGUAAACGGGAAGCUUCGGUUUAACUCGUGGAGCUGAGGGGGACAGAGACACACCGGAGACACACCGGAGACACUGCGGCAUGGAUGGACACGGGGGCGAGCGCGAGGACGCGCACGCGGGGAAAGGAGAACUACAGUACAGGGUGUUUGUUAACAAGAGUGUGAAUCUGGAGAAAAUCAAGUGCUAUGGCUUCGACAUGGACUACACUCUUGCUGAAUACAAAUCUCCUGAAUAUGAAGGACUGGGUUUUGAGAUGCUCAGAGACAGACUGGUGUCCAUCGGCUAUCCACACGAGCUGCUGCGUUACACGUACGACCCCACGUUCCCCACACGAGGUUUAGUGUUUGACACGACCUACGGGAAUCUGCUCAAGGUGGACUCGCAUGGAAACGUCCUGGUGUGCACACACGGCUUUGUUUAUCUGAAAGGGUUGGAGAUUCAGGAAUACUACCCCAACGGAUUCAUCCAGAGAGAUGAUACACAGCGAUUCUACAUCCUCAACACACUCUUUAACCUCUCGGAGACGUACCUGUACGCAUGCCUCGUGGACUUCUUUACCAACACCACCAGAUACCAGAACUGCCAGGAGGGAUUUCAGCACGGUGACCUUUUCAUGUCAUUCAGAAGUAUGUUUCAGGAUGUACGAGACGCAAUGAAUUAUAUCCAUGACACGGGCUCUCUGAAGGAGAGAACGCUCCAGGAUCUGGAAAAAUAUGUAAUCAAGGAUCCUCGGCUUCCUAUCCUGCUGACUCGCAUAAAGGAGGUUGCAAAGGUGUUCCUGGCCACCAACAGCGACUAUAACUACACCGAGGCCAUCAUGAAGUAUUUGCUAGAGUCUCCACCUGAUUCGAAGCACCUCGAAAAGCCAUGGCAGAGGUUUUUUGACCUGGUGGUGGUGGACACGCGGAAGCCGCUGUUUUUUGCUGGGGGCACGGUGCUGAGACAGGUGGACACGAACAUGGGGAAGCUGAAGAUAGGAACGUACACAGGAGCCCUGCACCACGGCACUGUUUACUCUGGAGGUUCCUCAGAUGUCAUCUGUGACUUGCUGAAUGUGAAAGGGAAAGACAUCCUCUACGUGGGAGACCACAUAUUCGGGGACAUCCUAAAAUCUAAGAAGCGUCAGGGUUGGAAAACCUUCCUGGUGGUGCCUGAGCUGACCAAGGAGCUCCAGGUGUGGAACGACAAACACGGAAUGUUUGAGGAGCUCAGGCAGCUUGAUAUUUCCCUCGCUGAACUGCAUAAGAAUUUAGACUUCGGAAAUGAACCAGAUGUUAAUCACAUCCAUAGCAAGAUGAAGAUGGUGACCAAUAGGAUGGAGCUGUAUUAUGGAAAGAUGGGAAGUCUGCUACGCAGCGGCUCCACAAAAACCCUGUUUGCCAGCCAGCUGCUGCGAUACGCUGAUCUCUACGCUGCAUCCUGCCUCAACCUGCUGUACUACCCCCUCACCUACCUGUUCAGAGCAUCGUUCGUCCUGAUGCCCCAUGAGUUGGCUGUGGACCUCCACGCCAGAGACCUAUCUGCCCCGGAUCUCUCAGCCAUGCUCCGAAACGUAUCCAUCAAGCGCCGGUGUCAAUGUGAUGGUGAUACCUGUGGGCUGGAGAACUGCGAACAGCCGGAGAACGCAGCCGUAACCAUGGAGACGUGAGCGUCGGUGAACAGUGCGUUUUUCAGCUGGUUUGGAAUUGACUUAACUCCAGAGACCCCAUGCAAUAAACUGCACUUUCCCACCUUAUAGGAGUAACUUGUAUAAAAAUGCUAAUUUUUUUUUAUUAAUUAUUAGGAGGAAUUGAAUAACACCGUUGGACAUUAUUAAAUGAUAAGCAGUGCUAGAUCAGA